AUGUCUGCAGCUCUACCUUCCUUCUGCACGAACACCCCAAUUGUGCAACACUUACAACGCUGCAACGAGUCACCCUCCCCCCGAGAGUUCGAGGUGCAUUUGGCGAAGAAGGACGACAUGAACAACAACGGUGAGACGUCAGAUCCACAACCGUGCCUUGGCCCCGACCGAAUUUGGGCCAUUGGAAUUGGAAUUGACGGGUAUCCAUCCUACCCAUUGCGAGGCUGCGUGGCGGAUGCUUUAGCAAUAAAGCAAUAUUAUAUAGAAGACCUCCUGGUACCGAAGGAGCGAAUCGAGCAUCUUCUUAGACCAGCAAACGACAGUGAUGGGUCGACCAACGAUCCAAUUCCCUCUCGCAAAAAUAUUCUAUCCGCCCUUCGCAAUACUAUUACCAACCCAGACAUCAAGUAUGGCGAUCCCAUUAUCAUCUUUUUCGCUGGACAUGGUUCUCGCUAUCCAUUGUCAGACGAUGACUAUGAUCCUGAUUUUUUCGACGGACCCCGUAGCGGCGCAUUUGUCCCCGAUAUCACCGACCGGGAAAUUAAUACUAUCCUCUCUCAGAUCUCCCGUACCAAAGGCCAUCGAAUCACGUUUAUCCUGGACUGUUGUCACGCAGGCAGUGUCACUCGAGCACUGAGUCCAGGACUCGGAGUGCGGAGUGCUCCCCCCCUGGAGUGUACCUCGAUCAAGGAUAUGCUCCUCGUUGCAGACGAAAACCUGGAAGACCUCCCUGGUUGUCAGUCCGUCGUCUCAGAGGACUGGGUCCCAGAUAUGGAUUCCCAUGUUAUAGUAGCAGCAUGUAGGGGAGACGAGGUUGUCAAAGCGAGGCGAGUAAAGGGUACGAAGGUAUGGGCUGGUAUAUUCACGAGUUCGCUCGUAACGGUCCUGAAGUCUGGUGGGUUGGGAGAAGGAGCGACAUAUGUCGACCUCAUAGAUGCCCUGCCGCGACCCUCUUUCCCGAACCACUCUCAGACACCUACUGUCGCAGGUAGACGCAAGGAUAAACGCUUGUGGUAUCAGGAUUGA